AUGGCUGAAGAAGAACACACUUUCGAAACUGCUGGAGCUGGUGCUUCCUUGACUUUCCCAAUGCAAUGUUCUGCUUUGAGAAAGAACGGUUUUGUCGUUAUCAAGGGCAGACCAUGUAAGAUUGUUGAUAUGUCUACUUCCAAGACCGGUAAGCACGGUCACGCUAAGGUCCAUUUGGUUGCCAUCGAUAUCUUCACCAACAAGAAGUUGGAAGAUUUGUCUCCAUCUACUCACAACAUGGAAGUCCCAGUUGUUAAGAGAACUGAAUUCCAAUUGUUGGAUAUCGAUGACGGUUUCUUGUCUUUGAUGACCAUGGACGGUGAAACCAAGGAUGAUGUCAGAGCCCCAGAAGGUGAAUUGGGUGACAACAUCCAAGCUGCUUUCGACGAAGGUAAGGACUUGAUGGUUACUAUCAUUGCCGCUAUGGGUGAAGAAGCUGCCAUCUCCUUCAAGGAAGCUCCAAGAUCCGAAUAG